AUGGCUUCAGGAUCUUUCAAGUGUUAUGUUGAACAAAAGACGGGGAAAUUUGCAUUCUUCUUCAUAUAUGCUGUUCUUGAAUGGGUUAUGAUCAUUCUUCUUUUCAUAGAGGGGUUUCUUGCCUUUUUCUCUAAUGAAUUUGCCAAGUUCUUCGACUUGAAAAUCCCCUGCUUGCUUUGCACAAGGAUCGAUCACGUUCUCGUUCAAAGGGAUGCCAACUUUUAUUACAAUGACUCCAUUUGUGAAGUUCACAAGAAGGAUAUAUCACCCCUUGCUUAUUGCCAUGUCCACAAGAAGCUAUCAGAUAUCAAGAACAUGUGUGACGGGUGCCUUCUGUCAUUUGCCACAGAGAAAGAUCUUGAUUGUGAUAGGUACAAGUCACUAGUUGGUAUAUUGCAUAAGGAUAUUGAUUGCUUUGUGGAGGAUGUUCAAGAGAAGAAUAAGGAAGCUGAUGAGGUCACCCAAACAACAUUUAUUAGGUGUUCUUGCUGUGGGGAGCCUUUGAAAAUGAAGUCAAAGUAUUCCAGGAAUGCAUCAAUGAAGGGAAAUAAUCCUUAUUCUCAAGCUCCUGCUCCAUCUCCAAGAUCUCCUUGGAGAAAUGAGGCUCACUACACAGAGGUCAAGUUCAUCUCCAAUAAUUAUUUGGACAUACCUGAUGAUGGAGGUCGAGAGGAUAUUAAAGCUGCUACUGUGCCAGAUUCGGAGGAAAUAAAUGAUGAUGCCUUGAAAACCCCAAAUUUUACAAGGAACAAGUUCUUUGGUAUCCCAUUGUUAGAUUCAGUUCAAGCUAGUCCUAGGUGGUCACACAAGCCUAGAAAAUUGAGUAUGGAUAUUAAGAAUGAAUUGAUUUCAGAUGAAACAAGUGUUGAAUCAGACGAUGACAUCCUGCAUCGCUUGAAGAGGCAAGUUCGUUUGGACUACAAGUCUCUCAUGGCGCUUUACAUGGAACUAGACGAAGAAAGAAGUGCGGCUGCUGUUGCAGCGAAAAAUGCCAUGGCGAUGAUCACUCGCUUACAAGCAGAGAAGGCUGCUGUCCAAAUGGAGGCGUUGCAGUAUCAGAGAAUGAUGGAAGAGCAGGCAGAAUAUGAUCAAGAGGCCUUGCAGGUCAUGAAAGACUUGCUUCUUAAAAGAGAAGAAGAGAUAAAGGCCUUGGAAGCUGAAUUUGAGACAUAUAGGGAAAGAUAUGGACAUAUCAGGAAAGUAGGAAGUGAGGUCUGUGAAGUUGAUGCUGAUGAAGAUUAUCAAAAGUGGAAUUCCCAUUCUUUGUCAUCCCUUAGUGAAACAUCAGACUGUGUCAGUCCUGAUGAAGGAGGAGCGAAUAAUGACCGCUCUUUUAAAUAUGGACUGCAUGAAUCACAUCUUGAUUUUGAGAAUGAGAAAUCUUACCUCAUGAGUUUGUUGACAAAUGUUGAAGAGAAAAUUAAUACAUAUAAGGAUGAAAGAUUUCAUGUUCCAGAAUCAAACAACAUUAAGCAUGAAUCUAAAGGAAAAGGAAAUGAAAGUAAGGUGACUCUUACAAGAGAAGUGUCAGUAAUUAGAGAGAGGUUGAGAGCCGUCGAAGCAGAGAGCGGCUUCUUAAAACAUGCUGCUAUGACAUUACAGAGAGAUGGUGAAGGAACCAAACUCUUGACUGAGAUAGCUGAACAUCUGCGGAGGCUUAGGCAAUCAAUUGAUUCCCUAUCAAAUGUGUGA